AUGUACAUUUUCUCAGAUUCGCCAUCUUGGACAUUGGCAAGUAAAAACCAAAGUGAAAACAUACGUCCGAUAACUUUAUUGUUCCAAGCUCCAAGCAAGAAGUUUACUUACUGCUGGUUUGUGACAGUUUCCAUCAUGGAAACUAGGGCCAAAAAGAUCUUCAAAGGAUUCAUUUUACUGGAGGUAGCUGGAGUCAUUGGGGCAUAUGCCCUUUUUCACAAAAUGAACAGAAGCCAAGAUUUUAGGUAUACUAUGAAUAAAAGAUUCCCCUCUGUUUUGGAAGUGUUCUAUAAAUCCAAUGAAUGGGCUGGAGUGUACGGCAUACGGGAACAGGAUGCAGUAACGUGGUCUACCAGAGAAAAUAAGUCGUAAUGUUUGGUUCACAAGUUAUGCUGCAUAAGUCAAAUCAGUUAAUAUGGGAAAAGAACAACUUGAAGAUAAUGAACAUUUUUGGCUAGUAUCUAGCCUCUGAGUUGAGAAUCCAUACCUCAAUAAAUAUUAUAUCUGCUAUAACACAUCUUAUCCUAAAGUGGUUAACUUUUUUAAAUACAUACAAUCAAUGUUAAUUGUGUAACUAUCAUCUUGAAAAAAUGAUUUUAAACUUAUUCUACUCUUUAGCUUGGUUACAUGGUCUAGUUUUUAUUUAAAGGGACACUGAACACAUUUUUUUUUUUCGUGAUUCAGACAGAGCAUGCAAUUUUAAGCAACUUAAUAAUUUACUCCUAUUAUCAAUUUUUCUUCGUUCUCUUGCUAUCUUUAAUUUAAAAAUAAGACAUCUAAGCUUUUUUUUUGGAUCAGAACUCUGGACAGCAAUUUUUUAUUGGUGGAUGAAUUUAUCCACCAAUCAGCAAGGACAACCCAAGUUGUUCAACAAAAAUGGGCCGGCAUCUAAACUUAAAUUCUUGCAUUUCAAAUAAAGAUAUUAAGAGAAUAAAGAAAAUUUGAUAAUAUGAGUAAAUUAGAAAGUUGCUUAAAAUUGCAUGCUCUAUCUGAAUCACAAAAGAAAAAUUUGGGUUCAGUGUCCCUUUAAGGGCUAUCCAAUAUUUAGAUGACAAUUUUAGAUAACCCCAAAAAGGGACAGUAGAGUCAAAAUGUUUAUUUCAUGAUUCAGAUAGAGCAUAACAUUUUAAAUUAAUUUACAAUUUACUUCUAUUAUCUAAUUUGCUUCAUUCUCUUGGUAUUCAUUGUUGAAAAAGCAUACCCAGGUUGUCUCAGGAGCAGCAAUGCAUUACUGGGAACUAGCUGUUGAUUGAUGGCUGCACAUAAAGGUCUCCUGUCAUUGGCUCAACCCCAUGUGUUCAACUAACUUCCAGUAGUGCAUUGCUGCUCCUCCAAAAAAGGAAAGAAUGAAGCAAAUCUGAUAAAAGAAAAUUGGAAAGUUGAUCAAAAUUGUAUGCUCGGUCCGAAUCGUGAUAGAAUUUUUUUGGGUCUUAUACCCAUUUAAAUGGGAACUUUGAAUGGUUAACCAUGAUGCAUAAAUGCAUACAAAAGGAGAAGCUGUUUACCAGGAACAAACAACAGCUCAGUAGCUUGUUUUAUGGCGAGUUAGCACCCAGGAGCAGCCUCUUUUAGCCCAAUUGUGCUUUUCACACAGGAGAACUUCCCUGACAUAUAUCAGUCUGAUCCCGCCUAACAAGGUCAGUCCAGCCUCAAAAUACCAGGCAAUCCUCCUCUGAACAAGAAACAUGGCAAUUCCAGACAACUGUUUGGUCUUCUUUGGACCUCGUCAAUGAGGUGCAGCCAUAUCCUCUAAGCACAUUGGGCAAAUAGUCCACGUCUGGUUUUCCCAAUCACCCUUAGGGAGACUUUCCCAGAUUAAUAAUACAAAUGCAUGCAGAAAAAGAAGCGCUCUACCAGGAAUGAACAACAGCUCAGUUACUCAGUAGCUUGUUCUAUUUUGAGUAACUCAUGAAAUUAAUGGAAAUUUUUAUAUUUAGCCAAUACCAAUUAGUAAACAGAAGCAGAUCCUGUCAUUGUUUGGAUGUUUAAUAUACGACUGAAGCGCAUUUGCGUGAAAAAUGGCCUUUUUAUAAUAACAUUUUGGAACUUAAAAAGUGCCAGCUCCAGGGGUUUGGGCUGAUAAUGCACAUUUUGUUCAAAUUAAUUGAAUAUGAUAUAAUGAAGAUGUCUGAACAUUCUUACAAUAUCUGACCUUGUAAUAAAAUUUUUGUCUCAAAAAUAAAUUUUGUAUUUUAA